AUGACGUUCAUCUCAAAGCGUCUCGCUCAGAAUCUCCGUUGCAAGCGCGUCUCAACAUCUGUGUUAGUUUCCGCCGUCGGGGGAGUUCCCGCUGGCACCUUUAAUAAGGCCGUGAUUGUUGCAGUAUCGCCGCGUGACUCAGUCGCUCCGUCUUUUUCUACUACCGCGGUCAUCAUGCCCCAUCUCACGUCUUACGCGCCGAAGCACGUGAUCGACCUGGACUCAUUUUCAUACCUCUCGGGCUUGCGUUGGGCCGAUCCGAACCCCGGGAACGCAGAAUCCAUUGAUCUUAUCCUCGGCGCUGAUCUUUACGGCUGCGUCCUUCUUGAGGGAAUUCGCAAGGGCGAUAUCGGCGAUCCGAUCGCUCAAAAUUCUGUCUUCGGAUGGGUUCUUUCGGGUCCGGUCAAUCAAUCGACAACUCCGAACGCGUCCCCUCAUUCGGUCGCUGCCGCGUCACAUUCCGCUGUCACGGUUCAUCAUAGCUCGGCGUCUCUCUCUCUUGACAAUGAACUCAGACGGUUCUGGGAAAUCGAAGAGGUUCCUCGCAAACCCAUCCUCACGUCCGACGAGUCCAAGUGUGAGCGUCACUUUGCGAUCACGCACUCGCGAGCCGAUGACGGUCGGUAUAUAGUGCGACUUCCGUUCCGAACGAAUCCGCCGAUUGCAAUCGGGGAGUCUAAGCGCGCCGCCGAACGUCAAAUCGCGUCUUUGUCGCGUCAAAUGCAAGCCAAUCCUACGCUCUUCAAGGAGUACUCGGCGUUUCUAGACGAAUACGAGAGUCUCGGGCAUAUGCGCCGCGCUCCCCGCAAUGAUCUCUCAGUCGAACCCCGCGUGUAUUUUCCACACCAUCCAGUGUUUCGCGAGUCGAGCUCCACGAGUCGCUUGAGGGUCGUUUUUAACGCGUCAAGCCGCACGUCAAACGGCACGAGUCUCAACGACCACCUCUUACCCGGACCAAAACUUCAAUCGGAACUCCCGUCCGUUCUUUUGAAAUGA